GCGAGGUCGGCUACUCGGCUCGUUUACUUUAAUAGUUUUCUGUCAUGAGUGUCAUGGCGUCAUAGAACAUUUUGUUGCUAAACCUUAACGGCUUAUUGCUCAACGUGUUUUCUUAACUCGCUUCGAUAAUCGACGCCAGUGAAUCACGGUUCAAUAUUAUCACGUACCUACUCUAUAAAUUGUUAUUCGUGUACUCACAUUGUUAAUUGUUAUAAUAGUGCGUACUGAUGUCGGUAAUUUGGAAUUCAAUGCAUUUAAUUUUAAUAUAAUCGUUUGAUUGACAUUUACUUUUGUUUACAAUAUUCAAUAUGACGUGGUCGGUUAUUCACUUCUCUAAAGAUAAUGGAGUAGAGGUAGUACCUAGCACAUGGUUUAAAGAUGAUACAUGUGCUUGGCCUAAGACCCAUGUGAAACGUUUUAUUAAAAACCAAUGUAUACCUAAGACUAUAGAGUUCGAGUGGUUCAAAGCUAGGGCAUUGUCUACAAAUAUUUAAUUGAUCACUUCGGAUUUAUCAUCUACUGAAGAUGACAAUUAUUCUAAAAUAAAAAAUACAAAUAAUGGAAAAAAAUCAAAAUCUGGUAAUAAUUGCAGUAAUAACAAAAAAACGGGAUAUGGCGCUGACAAAUCAGACAUUGAAACUGAUAGCGAUGACAAUAAUUAUGAAUUACCAGCUUAUGAUUCUGGUGAUAAUAAUUCCAGUUCAAAUAACAUUAAUUCUCUGUCUAAGAAAUCUUGUGUUGAUGAUAUGCUCAUUACUCCAUCAAAAAAUAUACGAACAUUAGUCAAAUCACCAUCAAAAACUCCAGUUUUUGAAUCUAUUGAUGAUAAUUUCUGCAUGGUGAAAAAUGUGUCACCUUAUAGAAGAAAUAAACAUUUUGUAAAUACUAAACAGUUAGCUGGACUUGGCGGAAAAAGUAUCAAAGUCAUGGUCAAAAGAAUCAUGAGAUAUUUGUUCACUGACAACAUCUUAGCCUUAUAUUCUUUUAAUGGCAGAGCAAAUAAAAAAAAAUGUUUUGCAAAUCUAUCCAUUUCAAAAGUUAUAUUCAGUGCUGUUAAAUCAAUUAAACGAUUGAAUAAUGAAUCAUCGACCGAUGAAAUUGAAAAAUACAUUAAGUAUUAUCUCAUUCAAGCACCAUUCUACAUAAAAAAGAAAAAAGAAAUGUUUCAUUGAAUAUGAAUAUCAUUUAAUUUUGUAAUUAUUAUGUACAAUAUAAUAUAGCUAGGCUAGGUUUGCCUUUUAGUUAUAUCAUAUUUCAACUAUAUACAGUGUGUUUCACUCGAAUGGUAACACGAAAUAUUUCCGUUCAGUGACCUUGGAUUGAAUUGGGGAUUUUUCGAGGAGCUAGGGAAUACUAAAAUACACAUUUUGUGAACAUUUUCGAAUUUUUAAUUCUUUUAUUGUGCGCAUGCGCAAUAAAACUUACAUUUUUUUUAAAUGGAAACACCUAUUUUCAACACCAGAUUUCGAUAGAACUAUUUUUUUUAAGCAACUUUGAUAAACAAACUUUUUUCCUAUCUCAAAAAUUGACUGAAUUACAGCCAUCCCAAGUUGAAACAAAAAAAAUUGUUGUUAAAUUUUCAAUGUUCUGUAUUUUGUCAUUUUAUUAUUAUUUUUGGUUGGAAGCAAGAUAAACGGAAGGGCAUGCGUUUAUAGGUUAUUUGAAUAAAGUUAAACAUUUUAUUUUUAUAAUUAAGUUUAAAUUAAAUUUGAAUUAUUUUUAAACAUAUUAUUACAAAUAUAAUAAUACACAAUACAAUAAGAAUUAUUUUGAAAUAAUUAAUUACCACCAAUUAACCUUCGGCAUUUAAAACAAAAUAUCACCGAAGCAUGCACAAGACUGACCAAGGAACAAAUAACGGCAGCUUCUCAAGACGAAGUCAAGCGCUGCUUACAAUCAUGUUUACUUAACAACGGGGAAAACUUUGAACAAUUUAUAAGGUGAUUUGUAUUAUUUGUAAUAAUAUGUUUAAAAAUAAUUUAAAAUAAAUUUAAACUUAAUUAUAAAAAUGAAAUGUUUAACUUUAUUUAAAUAACCUAUAAACGCAUGCCAUUCCAUUUAUCUUGCUUCCGACCAAAAAUAAUAAUAAAAUGACAAAAUACAGAACAUUGAAAAUUUAACAACAAUUUUUUUUGUUUCAACUUGGGAUGGCUGUAAUUCAGUCACUUUUUGAGAUAGGAAAAAAGUUUGUUUAUCAAAGUUGCUUAAAAAAAUAGUUCUAUCGAAAUCUGGUGUAGAAAAUAGGUGUUUUCGUUAAAAAAAAUGUAAGUUUCAUUGCGCAUGCGCACAAUAAAAGAAUUAAAAAUUCGAAAAUGAUCACAAAAUGUGUAUUUUAGUAUUCCCUAGCUCCUAGAAAAAUCCCCAAUUCAAUCCAAGGUCACUGAACGGAAAUAUUUUGUGUUACCAUUCGAGUGAAACACACUGUAUAUACUAUUAUAUUAUAUUCUAAAUAAAUGUAUAGGUACAUAAUGUUUUUACUAUUAUUAUAUUGUUAUAGGGCCUAACAAUAUAUGUUGAAUAUGUAAUACAUUAAAUAUUUUGAAUAUUUUUGAAAUAAUAAAGAUAAAUUUUAU